AUUAUGUUUUAGUUUCUUGAUUAAAUAUUCUAACUAACACCAUUAUUUUAAUACAACAGAACGUGCUCUUUUUUCUUUAAUCUUUAAUCUUUAAUUUUUUUAGUAGUAGCACUAGGAGAGUAGUAGUAAAUUUCUUCACGCUUACUAAUUACUAUCAUAACAGUUCUUUAAAAAUUCUUUGGAAUUUGGGCUGUUUCUUGGUUUGAUUCUUUUGAGAAAGCCAUGCUUCUUGAUUCAUUUCUUUAAAAAAUGUUUCAUUUCUUGAAGUUGGUUUUUUAAAUUUUUAAUCUUUUUUUAAGUUCUUGUUUAAUCUUUAAAUCACUCUAAACAAUGCUCUUACUAUUAGUAUUUUCAGAAAUUUUCAGUCUUUUCAAGAACCUUUCUGCAUGUGAAGAUUUUCUUGGUCAGAAAAUGAAGUGAAAUAUUAAUAUUGUUCUUGGUUCUUGUUAAUUUUUUCUUGCGUGAAUGUAAAUUUCUAUGGCUGUGAAGUUACAGCAGAUCCACCACCACCACCAUCACCACCACCACCAUUCAGUGUCUGUGAAAGUGAGCGAGCAACAAAUGGGGACAAAGGGUAGUCAUACAUUCAUACAAUCUCAUAGAGCUUGGCUGCCUAAAUUGCUGGUUUUUUGGAUCUUUUUUGUGGCAUUUGUGACCUAUACAAUCUUCAACAAUAUGGAUGUUGAUAUUAAGGUUAGGAGAGAAGAAAUGUUGAGUAGUAUGUGUGAUCAAAGGGCAAGAAUGUUGCAAGAUCAGUUUAGUGUUAGUGUGAAUCAUGUUCAUGCUCUUGCUAUUCUUGUCUCCACUUUUCAUUACAACAAGAAUCCUUCUGCUAUUGACCAGGAAACAUUUGCUGAAUACACUGCUAGGACGUCGUUUGAGCGGCCGUUGUUAAGUGGUGUAGCGUAUGCACAGAGAGUAGUUAUUUCAGAGAGGGAGGAGUUUGAGAGGCAACAUGGAUGGACAAUAAAGACUAUGGAGAAGGAGCCUUCUCCUAUACGAGAUGAGUAUGCGCCUGUGAUAUUUUCUCAAGAAACGGUGUCCUACAUUGAAUCUCUGGAUAUGAUGUCAGGGGAGGAGGAUAAAGAUAACAUACUGAAUGCUAGAGCUACAGGAAAAGCUGUUUUGACAAGCCCCUUCAGGCUGCUAAAUUCUCACCAUCUUGGUGUGGUGUUGACAUUCCCUGUUUACAAGUCAAAGCUUCCUCCAAACCCCACAGUGGCGCAACGCAUAGAAGCAAGUGCAGGAUACCUCGGUGGAGCCUUUGAUGUUGAGUCUCUUGUGGAGAAUUUACUUGGACAACUUGCUGGGAAUCAGGCAAUUUUAGUGAAUGUUUAUGAUGUAACUAAUGCUUCCGAUCCAUUAAUCAUGUAUGGUGUCCAAAAUCAAGAUGGUGACAUGUCUCUUGUGCAUGAAAGCAAGCUUGAUUUCGGAGACCCAUUCAGGAAACAUAAGAUGAUAUGUAGGUAUCACGAGAAGGCACCAACAUCAUGGACAGCUCUCACUACUGCGUUCUUAUUUUCCGUGAUUGGUAUGUUAGUGGGUUAUAUCUUAUAUGGCGCGGCAAAUCAUAUUGUAAAGGUUGAGGAUGAUUUUCAUGAGAUGCAAGAGCUGAAAGUCCGAGCAGAAGCUGCCGAUGUUGCCAAAUCACAGUUUCUAGCUACCGUAUCUCAUGAAAUCAGAACACCUAUGAAUGGAAUUCUUGGAAUGCUUGCUUUACUUCUGGAUACAGAUUUAAGUUCAACACAGAGGGAUUAUGCUCAAACUGCUCAAGCCUGUGGAAAGGCACUGAUAGCAUUGAUUAAUGAGGUGCUUGACCGGGCAAAGAUUGAAGCUGGCAAGCUAGAGCUUGAAGCUGUCCAUUUUGACCUUCGCUCUAUCUUAGAUGAUGUUCUUUCUUUAUUUUCUGAGAAGUCUAGACACAAAGGUAUUGAGCUGUCAGUGUUUGUUUCUGAUAAAGUUCCAGAAAUUGUUCUUGGGGAUCCAGGGAGAUUCAGACAGAUCAUCACCAAUCUUGUCGGGAACUCUGUCAAGUUCACUGAACGAGGACACAUAUUCGUCAAAGUUCAUGUAGAUGAAAAUAUUAAGGCAACACCAUGUGCAAAAGCUGACAAUUGUUUGAUAGGGGAAUCAAAUGAUGCGAUAGUAUCUGCUGGUCGUCAGUUCAAUACAUUAAGUGGUUUUGAAGCUGCUGAUGAUCGGAACAGCUGGGAAGCCUUUAAGCAUUUAGUUGCUGAUGAGGAAUUUCAAUCUACCGGUACAUUAAAUGUGCUGACGACCAAUGAGGCCUCUGAGAGUGUUACUUUGAUAGUAUCUGUGGAGGAUACAGGUAUUGGAAUCCCGUUGCAUGCGCAGGAUCGUGUUUUCAUGCCCUUCAUGCAGGCAGACAGUUCAACCUCAAGAAAUUAUGGUGGAACUGGUAUUGGCUUGAGUAUCAGUAAGUGUCUUGUUGAGCUUAUGGGUGGCCAUAUAGAUUUCAUUACCCGGCCUCAAAUUGGAAGCACAUUUUCAUUCACUGCUUCUUUUGGGAGGUGCAAGAAAACUACAAUUAGCAAAGUAGAAAAGCGUAAUUAUGAAGAUCUUCCGUCUAGUUUCAGAGGAAUGAAAGCAAUAGUAGUUGAUGGAAAGCCAGUUAGAGCUGCUGUAACCAGAUACCAUUUAAAGAGGCUCGGUAUCCUAGCUGAAGUUUCAAGUAAUCUCAAGGCUGCUGCUAGUACCUGUGCGAAAAAUGGUUCUCUGAAAUCUAGCACUCAGCCCGAGAUAGUUCUAGUUGAGAAAGACUCUUGGAUUUCUGGGGAAGAUGGCGGUUCGAGUAUAUGCCUACCGGACUGGAAACAAAAUGGACACAUGCUUAAAUUGCCUAAGAUGAUACUUCUUGCUACAAACAUCAGUAAUGAGGAAUUUAAUAAAGCAAAGACCGCGGGAUUUGCUGAUACUGUGAUCAUGAAACCUUUGAGGGCAAGUAUGGUGGCUGCAUGUCUUCAGCAGGUGAUGGGAAUGGGGAAGAAGAGACCGCAAGGGAAAGAUGGGCCUAAUGGAUCUUCUUUUCUUCGUAGUCUACUCUUCGGAAAGAAAAUACUGGUGGUUGAUGAUAAUAUGGUAAACCGCAGAGUUGCUGCCGGUGCUCUGAAGAAGUUCGGAGCUAAUGUGGAGUGUGCCGACAGUGGCAAAGCAGCACUGAAACUGCUUCAGAUACCACAUAGUUUUGAUGCUUGCUUUAUGGAUAUUCAAAUGCCAGAAAUGGACGGGUUUGAGGCAACUCGUCAUAUCCGGCAGAUGGAGAGUGAAGCAAAUGAACAGAUGAAUGGUGAAUCCUUGUCAGAAGAAACUGCUGCUAGAAAAGGCGAGUGGCAUUUGCCGAUACUAGCCAUGACAGCUGAUGUGAUACAUGCAACAUACGAUGAGUGCCUGAAGUGUGGAAUGGAUGGAUACGUAUCCAAGCCCUUCGAGGAAGAAAAUCUCUAUCAGGCAGUUGCCACAUUCUUCAAAGCCAAACCCAUCUCAGAUUCGUAACGCGGUCAUCCUAACCAGCUACAGACCAUGCAAAGCUAAACCGUAGAGUUUUAUCAAGUCGAGUAAUACCAGCAAUUUUCCGUCAUCUGCUGGUGUAACAUGGUGAUAAGCGGAUAAUAGACGGUUUCCUUGGAAUUUUCGUGAUGACAGGUUUCGGGUUAUUCUUACUAACCAACUUCAUAUUAACUUUGACUAGAAUCAGAGCAUAGUGGUGCUACUAAAAGGAGCCUCCAUCCCUUACUUGUGUGAAUAGAUCCUAGAAGAGGGAGGGAGCAAAAUGUGUAAAUCUCCUAAUUCUUUUUAUUUUUUACUUUGAUCUCUAUUUUCAUUAUUAUCUGUUCUGCAAGACUUAAAUCUAUGAGCAUAAGCAUUUCCGAUGGCGAGACCGAGUCUGGAUCGAAUUCUGUUGUAGAUGAAGACUGAUAGCUUCAUUGAGAUUGAAGGAUUUUUUGAACUCAUGGAUAUCAAAUUAUUCUCAAUGAACUUUUUUGUAUCAUCUUGUAUUUUGAAAAAUUGCUCUCAAUGAAAAUUUUGUAUUAUGUUUUGCACAUUGAAUAUAAGGAUCUAAUAUUCUGAGUAAUUAUUUGUAAAUCAUUAUGAUUAUUUUUAUAAAGUUCGAUUUGGCACCUUAA